AUCUGGUUGGAACCUCUUUUAAAACACACACUCGGGAAUUCAUAUUCCACAUCCACAGACACACUCUCUCCUCUCUUCUCCAAUCUUCACUCACUCACUCACUCACGCAUUCAUUCGUUUCGUUUUCAUUCUCCAACAUUCAUGGAUGCAGUAAGCGCGUGGGGCAACGCGCCCUUAGUCACGGUGGAUCCAGAGAUCCAUGACUUGAUAGAGAAGGAGAAGCGACGCCAAUGCCGCGGCAUCGAGCUAAUCGCGUCGGAAAACUUCACCUCAUUCGCGGUGAUCGAAGCUCUUGGAAGCGCCCUCACAAACAAAUACUCGGAAGGCAUGCCGGGGAACCGUUACUACGGAGGCAACGAAUUCAUCGACGAGAUCGAAAACCUGUGUCGCUCACGCGCCCUCCAAGCUUUCCACCUGGACCCCCAAUCAUGGGGUGUCAACGUGCAACCCUAUUCCGGUUCUCCGGCGAAUUUCGCCGCAUACACCGCCGUGCUGAACCCGCACGACCGCAUCAUGGGGCUGGAUCUCCCCUCCGGCGGCCACCUCACCCACGGUUACUACACCUCCGGCGGAAAGAAAAUCUCUGCCACCUCGAUUUACUUCGAGAGUCUUCCCUACAAGGUGAACUCCGCCACCGGGUACAUCGAUUACGAACGAUUGGAGGAGAAGGCCUUAGAUUUCAGGCCAAGGUUGAUUAUCUGUGGUGGCAGUGCGUACCCUAGGGAUUGGGAUUACAAGCGCUUCAGGGACGUUGCUGAUAAGUGUGGUGCAUUGUUGCUCUGUGACAUGGCGCACUUUAGUGGCCUUGUUGCUGCUCAAGAAGUGAAUAACCCAUUUGAGUAUUGUGACAUUGUUACAACCACGACGCAUAAGAGUUUGAGGGGUCCUAGGUCGGGAAUGAUUUUUUACCGGAAGGGACCGAAACCGCCGAAGAAGGGACAACCUGAGAAUGCGGUUUACGAUUUUGAGGAUAAGAUUAACUUUGCUGUGUUUCCUUCUCUUCAGGGUGGGCCUCAUAAUCACCAGAUUGGUGCUCUUGCAGUGGCUUUGAAACAGGCCAUGUCGCCUGGGUUUAAGGCCUAUGCCAAGCAGGUUAAGGCUAAUGCGGUUGCUCUUGGGAAUUACUUGAUGAGCAAAGGGUAUAGUCUUGUUACUGGUGGAACUGAGAACCAUCUUGUUUUGUGGGAUCUACGGCCUCUUGGAUUGACUGGUAAUAAGGUGGAGAAACUCUGCGAUCUCUGUAACAUUACGGUGAAUAAAAAUGCUGUUUUUGGUGAUAGCAGUGCCUUGGCUCCCGGAGGAGUACGAAUUGGUGCCCCAGCCAUGACUUCUAGGGGCUUGGUUGAGAAAGACUUUGAGCAGAUUGCUGAGUUCCUUCACCGUGCGGUGACUCUGACACUGGAGAUCCAGAAGGAGCAUGGGAAGCUUCUAAAGGAUUUCAACAAGGGCUUGGUGAACAACAAGGCCAUCGAAGCUCUCAAAGCUGAUGUUGAGAAGUUCGCUUCCUCAUUUGAAAUGCCUGGCUUCCUAAUGUCUGAAAUGAAGUACAAGGAUUAGAUUGGAUCAUACCAAUAUCCCACUCAAAUGGAAAAAUGGAGAGAAAGGAAAUAAGUCUGUCUCCCUUUCUUGGAAGUGUUAGGUUUAUCAUAAUGGCUUAUUUUUUUCUAAAAUUUGAAGCUUCCUUUGUCUUUGUUUUUCAUGUUUUAAUUUUGUUAGCCAAUAUAUGAUAUUUUUCUUGUUAACCAUUGGAAUAAUGCAUCUGUUUUUUAUUUUCGUUUCCACGGAAGCCAAUACGUUAAUAUUGCAU